AUGUACUGCACAGUCUCAUGGAUACUUAAGAAAGAAGGUCUUACCUUUGGAGUAGUGAACGCAGGUCAAGAUGUCUACUUCCAACCCGACCCCAACGGACCCAGCGUCUACUUCAGUGAUGGUCCUCUGUCCUACCGCUACCGGUUGCAUGGAGGCGUCAUCAAGUUUGGCAGUACUUCAACAGUCGGCUCAGAGCAUCAGAUCGAUGGAAAAACAUUCCCUGGAGAGAUUCAACUGUAUGCCUACAAUUCUGAUCUCUAUCACAAUUUCACCCUGGCAGUCAGCAGACCCAAUGGACUUGCAGCCGUCUCUCUCUUUUUGCAAGUAGGCCAAAGUCCAGCGCCCGAUAUAUCGGCUCUCCUUUCCACUGUUGCAGAAGUAAAAUUAAAAGGGCAUCGGAGAAAGCUCUACGGUCUCAUUCUUCAAACACUCCUUCCAAACACCAAUGAGUUCAUAACAUAUCAAGGGUCUCUCGGUUUUCCCGCCUGUCAUGAGACCGUGACUUGGAUCCUCCUGAAUGCACCUGUCACAGUUACUGAAGACCAAAUGAAGGGAUUGCGCGGCCUCAGAAUGUCCGAAUUCAAAAAUGCCGGAGCCAUGGCCGACAAUUAUCGACCUAUUCAAAAGUCAAAUAACCGAUUUAUUCGAACCAAUAUCUACUUUAAUGCAAGUGACUACCGACAAUGCGCACUUCCACCGCGGCUGUCUUAUGAGUGUGAGUAA